CUUGAGUUCGGUUUCCUUUUCGGUGCAUAAUUAUUUUUGUUCUCUGGCAAGCAAGGCGAUAUCUUUCAGUUGGCAAUCGAUGAAAGGCCAGGCUUUCGUGUAAAUAAAUUCCAAGUUUGUUUUAAACCGCUGCCGAUCGAGGAGUCAAGUGGGGAGAGUCCUGUGAGUCCUUCCGCAUCCACACCCACAUCCACAUCCACAUCCACUUCAGCAUCAGCAUCAGCAUCAGCUCCUGGUUCUGUGUCCCCGAAGGAUGUUCUGCAGCCGACUGAAGAGGCUCUCCCGUUUGGGAGGCGAGGUGAAGGAGAGUUCCUGCGACGAGAUGCUGCCCCAGGAGGCGGUGCUCCUGAAUGUCUACGACCUGGUGCCCACCAACGAUUACACCCUUGCCCUCGGCCUGGGAUUCUUCCACUCCGGAGUGGAGCUGUACGGCAGGGAGUACGGGUUCGGUGGACACGAGUUUCCGGUUUCCGGGAUUUUCGAGAUCGCUCCCUGCAGCGGACAGGUGGAACUGGGCGAGCACUAUCGAUUCCGCGAGAGCAUCCUGCUGGGCCACACCCAUCUGAGCUGCACCGAUGUGGAGCACAUCGUGGUCCAGCUGGGAGUGCAGUUCACCGGGAACAGCUACCACCUGACCAGCAAGAACUGCAACCACUUCUCCAACAGCCUAGUGAACAUCGUCUGUGGCCGGAAGAUCCCCGGCUGGGUGAAUCGAUUGGCCUACCUGGUCGCCUGUGUUCCGUUCCUUGAGCGCUGCAUGAUUCCCAGUUCACCGCAGCGCCGAUUUCACCAGCAUCCCCGGCGGAGUUGAGUUAAAUAGCACCAAACCCAUUAAAUAUUGAAUAUACAUAGUUGCUUUGCUCUUCA